AUGACCGGACAGGCAAAUGUUGUAGGCAUCCAUUAUAAAGUUGGCAGAAAGAUUGGAGAAGGAUCUUUCGGUGUUAUCUUUGAAGGAACAAAUUUAUUGAACAACCAACAGGUAGCUAUAAAGUUUGAACCAAGACGUAGUGAUGCUCCCCAACUCAGAGAUGAAUAUCGUACAUACAAGCUCUUGGCAGGGUCUUUAGGAAUUCCCAACGUAUACUAUUACGGACAAGAGGGCCUCCAUAACAUACUAGUUAUUGAUUUGCUAGGCCCUAGUUUGGAAGAUUUACUCGAUUUGUGUGGUCGCAGAUAUAGUGUUAAAACUGUUGCUAUGGUUGCUAAGCAAAUGAUUUCUCGAGUCCAGGCUAUACAUGAACGAAGCUUGGUGUACAGAGAUAUCAAACCUGAUAAUUUUUUGAUUGGACGGCCCAACUCCAAGCAUGCAAAUAUGAUUCACAUCGUCGACUUUGGCAUGGUCAAGUUUUACCGUGAUCCUGUUUCCAAGCAACACAUUCCUUAUAGGGAGAAGAAGAAUCUUUCAGGCACGGCUCGUUAUAUGUCCAUAAACACCCACUUGGGCCGAGAGCAGUCUCGUCGGGAUGAUUUGGAAGCACUUGGUCAUGUCUUCAUGUACUUUCUUCGCGGAAGUCUUCCUUGGCAAGGUCUCAAAGCUGCUACAAAUAAACAAAAGUACGAACGCAUUGGAGACAAAAAGCAAAACACCCCAUUGCGAGAAUUGUGUGCUGGAUUUCCGGAAGAGUUUUAUCAAUACAUGCAUAAUGUCCGGAACUUGCCUUUUGAAGCUACCCCCGAUUACGAAUAUUUACAGUCCCUAUUUCAGAAAGUGCUAUUGAAAAUGGGUACGAAUGAUGAUGGCGGUUUUGACUGGAAUUUAUUGAACCAUGGCAAGGGUUGGCAAAGCUUACGCGCUGGUCGAAGCCACGACCCAAAUGCGCAUCGCCCAACUAAAGCUCCUGCUCCCAAGCAGGAUCCUAAAAAUGUGGCUCCUCAAAAUCGGCUGAGCACCCGUAAACUUGUAUCUAACUCGUCAGCAAUGGAACAUGGCAAUUCCCAUACACAACCCAACUCAGCUAAUGCACAAGAAACACCCGACCCAAACUUUUUAACAAAUGAAAAGGGUAGAAAUGAUAAAGUACCUGUUUCAAGAGAUCAAGCUGGUGUACGGCCUACGCAGGGUGUUCCUCAAGGACAACAGAUGCAGAACGGUGUGCCUACAACCGCCGAUGCUGAACAAACACAAAGACCCAUUAAAGUAGUUUCAAAAGAAACGCCUGGAAACAAGAAAAGAUCAUUUUGGAAAAGUCUGUUAUCUUGUUGUGCAGCGCCAGCUGAAGGCGCUUAA